AUGGGAUCGCCGGAGAGCUUGCUCGAUGUACUGCGAUCAUACAGUGCUGUGGAUUGCGAUACUUUUGAUAUCGAAGGUGAAAGGCAGCUUGGUCCGUUCGUGGAUUGUACGUCAAACCAGGCAAUCGCAUACCACGAGUUGAUACGUCUUAACGAAGACGGAAAGCCUCUACACGCCGAGCUGAUUGAAGAUGCCGUCGACUAUGCGUCGGCGAAACGUUCGUCAUACCCGGACGUGGCCGUAGCGGAGCUGGCGGUAGAGACUAUGAUGGUGAAACUGGCUUUGAGAAUAGUACCUUACUUGAAGGGAUACUCUCAUAUACAGACGAAUCCAAAGUACUCUUACAAUAAGCAGAAGACAAUUGAGAAUGCGAAGCGCAUCGUGGCGAUAUUUAAGGAUCUGGACCCAGCGUACGACGCCCAAAGGGUUUGCAUUAAGAUACCAUCCACCUGGGAAGGAUUACAAGCAUGUCGCGAAUUGGAAAACCAAGGCAUUUCCACAUUAGCAACAACCAUGUUUUGUCUUGAACAGGCUGCUCUAGCAGCUCACGUGGGUUGUACCUAUAUCGCACCGUACAUCAAUGAGCUGCGAGUGCACUUUGACGAGAAUUACGUCGACCAGCAUAAAGCAUUCGACUUCUGCGGCUCUGCUCAGCGAUACUACGAGAAGAUCGGGAGCAAGACCCAGGUUCUACCCGCUAGUUUGACAUCCAUCCAAGAAGUCAUGAAGCUCGCGGGUGCUCACCAUAUCACCGUCGCGCCGCAUCUGUUGACUAAGUUAGCGGAGACGCCGGCUAACCCGUGGAAAGGUGAAACUGGGAGUGUUUUUAAGGGCAAAGCAGAGGAAGAGGCGGUCGAUUAUAGCGAUAUAGUGGAGGACGAGAGUGCUUGGCGCUUAGCUUUCACUCGGAGCCAGGAGGGUAAGGGUGAAGUCAAGAUUAUCCAAGCUAUCAACAUAUUCUGCGAGAAGCAGGAUGGCCUAGAAGGUCUAACACGACGAUGA